GCAUCACGCCAAGCAUCAAACGGAGCUGCUGUGGUUUAACCCGGCUAGCUGCCUGCUGCACAUUUCAUCCUGCUUCUUUCCAUAUGGAGCGGCUUUGAUUGCAAGUGUUUGCAAGAAACAUUGUAAAAACUCUUCUUAAAGAACAACAGAGAGAUAGACAUUUAAAACAGACAUUUCCUGAAUGUGGCAGAUGGCAACUUUUUCUACUCGUGAAAGUCUGGAUGUGAAAUGGCCAAACAUGAAAAAGGCACGAUGAGGAAAAAAAAUAUGAAUUAAUCCUGGAGCCUCAUCGGUUCGAAACAAACUCCUUCUCCAAACAGGUCAUUCAAAGAGCUAUCUACAGCAGGCUGCAGACAUGGGUCCAGACGACACACCAGAAGUAAAAGCAGAGCCUUUAGACGAAAGUUCAGAUAUUGUUGAGGUGAAUGUGGACCUAGAUUCGGGYUCCUCUGAUGAUUCGACCUCCUCCGACUCGGAGCAUGGCAAACAACCGAAGAGGAAAAGAUCAGAYAAGAGCUAUCCUUGCCCCACCUGCGGCAAGGUGUUUGACAGACCAUCAAAGGUGGAGAGACAUAAACCUGUCCACGACAGGAAGCCCAAGAUCCUUCAUCCGUGUCAGCAUUGUGAGAAGAGCUUCAGUCAUGAAGAGAAGCUGAUCCGACACCAGAAGUUCCACACCAGGAGUAACGAGCAUCCCUGUCCCGACUGCGGGAAAGUCUUCGACAGGCCUUCAAAGUUAGAGAGACAUAAACGCAUACACUCAAAGAAACCAAAGGUGCCCCAUCAGUGUGCGUUCUGCAUGAAGACGUUUAGCAAGCUUCACAAACUUCUCCGUCACGAGCGAGUUCACACCGGGGAGAAACCGUUCACCUGCCCGAUCUGCGGGAAGGGCUUCUCCGAGGCGGGCCACUGCAAAGCCCACGAGAGGACCCACGAGGCGCAGCCGGAGAAGCCCCACUCCUGCACCGACUGCGACAUGAGCUUCUUCAAGGCCUCGGAGCUCCGGCGGCAUUUCCGCUCGCACACGGGGGACAAGCCUUUCCGGUGCACCUUGUGCGACAGGUGCUACUCCCGCUCCGAGGGGCUCAAAACGCACAUGAGGAGCCACACGGGGGAGCGGCCGUUCAAGUGCACCAUCUGCGGCAAAGCCUUUUACUCUCGCCACUGCCUGAGCACCCACUCGCUGAUCCACUCGGGAGAGAAACCGCACGUCUGCUCCGUGUGCGGCAAAGGCUUCUCGCAGCUGGGCAACAUGAAGGACCACGAGCAGAACGUGCACAACAAGUCCGAGAAGUACAUUUGCAGCGAAUGCGGGGCCACGUUCACGCGGUACAAGUCGCUGAUGGAGCAUCAGCGCAUACACACGGGAGAGAAGCGCUACGCCUGCCUCACCUGUGGCCGCAAGUUCUCCUGGAGUCAUUCUCUCAGCCGACACCGAAGGACACACGUACACAAACAGAUGGCUCUGGAAACCUCGAAAGACUCCGAGAGUUUUGAGGGUCCGUCUGAGAACACAGAGGUUGAGAAAGCAAGUAGUUUUCAUGAAGAUGAAGUCCACUAAACCUCCCUAGUUUUCCAGCGUACACACUAAUUCUGAUGGUUUGUGAUGGCUGGCCUUGUUUAAAGACACAAGUCAGAAACUCAAAGAUCAGAGCAACAUUUCAUCUUGUUUUUGUUCUGCAUUAGUUUUCAUGGAAUGUAAAAAAAUAAGCGUUGGAGCAUGCAGGUGUAUCAGCAUAAAAGAAGACUCUACCACAGGUCAGCGAUGGAGGCAGGUUAGCUGUGUUAAAAACCUUACAGGUUAGUUAUAUAUUUUCACGCAACAUUUGUCAAAACCAUUUCWCAGAUUAUACAGAGCCAUUCAGAAGAAAAAAACACUUGACUAGAACUUCUUUUAAAAUUUUUGUUUUGAUUGUUCAGCUGUUAAAGUAAAACCUAUGCUAAUCAGGUUUCAAAGCACUUUUAGGUCCAUUUCCUCCAGCUUAGAUGAUACGAUAUUUUUAUAUUUUAGAUUUUUUUCUUAACGCAGUGACUUUAAUCUUGACAUUACAUUUUUAAUUUUGCAACCAAAAACAAACAUAAAAAACUUUGUAUUGUUUUCUCUUCUUAGCGACUAGCAUGCUCUCAAUAACAGCCUUGUGUUCAUUUUCGAAUGGUACGCUCAUAUUUUCCUUACUGUGGACAUCUAAAUACAUUCCUUGGUUAAAAAAAAAUUGUUAGUCAAUCAAAACAAAGAAUUCUUUACCAAAAAAAAAAAAAAA